UCGGUUUUAUUUUGUGCUUGCUGUUCUAUUAGUGCGUUGUAUAUUAAAUUAUAAUAAAAUGAAAUAAUUAACAAUAAUCAGUUGUUUUUAAGUAUACAAAUAAUAAGUAUUAUUAUAGCACAAUGUCCAAAAAACCCCAACCGAGUACCGUGACUGCACAAAAUCAGCUUGUAAAAUGGAUCAACGAUGCUGGCAUGUCAGAUGGCCCGAAAAAAGCGAGCUUGCUGAGAAAGAUAAAUGAAGUGUUACUCCACCAGUUGCCAGAUAUGAUACCGGUGUACAUGGAAAACGUACUCAGUAAUGUCACUGAUAAAUUUACUGACGUGAAGAAACAGGUCAUUUCUUUCAUUGAAGAGAUAAGUAAAUCACACCCAAAGUAUUUACCGAAAGUGGUAAGUCACUUGCAGCUGUUGGUUAUAGACAGCGUAGUGGCAGUGCAGAAGCGAGCUAUACAGGCAGCUAGUAUAGUGUACAAGAACAUUCUGCUGUGGAUGUGUGACCCCGACAAUGAGUUUAUUGAGAUGCAGCACGUUUGGGAACAUCUGACUAAACUCAAGCUUCUGAUUCUCAACAUGAUAGACAGUGAGAACGAAGGUAUCCGAACACACUCUAUAAAGUUCCUUGAAAUAGUCGUUUUAUUGCAAAGUACGGGAGAGGACAGCGGAGAUGAAUUUUCUUUGGACAACCUGCCUAAGGACUUCCCAUUUCUGAAAAGGAAGAGCUUGGAGGAAGAAGCUGAGCACAUUUUUUCUCUGCUACUCAAAUUUCAUAACUCCCAAAUGAUUUCGAGCGUCAAUUUGAUGGCUUGUAUGACGACACUGUGCCUCAUCGGAAAAUUCAGACCAAAGUAUUUGCCGCGAGUUGUGCAAGCGCUAGGAGAUCUACACACGACGUUACCGCCGACUCUAUCCCAGUCCCAGGUUAAUUCUGUCCGAAAACACCUAAAGAUGCAACUCCUAAAUCUUGUGAAGAGACCGACAUCAUACGACAUGAUGCCGCAGCUUACACAGCUGCUGCUAGACAUAGGAAUGACGCCACAGGAGAUAAACAAAGCCCUGCCGAAAGAGAGACGCAACAAAAGGUUGGGUGAAAUCAAAAAUGGCGACGCACCAGCUAAGAGAAUCAGAGUAGACUCACCGAUCGUUAAUAGUGACAGCAACAGUAACAGUAGAAGUGACUUCAAUCUAUUUGACGAUGAAAACAGCCAACAGGAAGCUACUUCGAAGUCGAUACCGACAGAAGAUUCAGUAUUCGAGGGCCUCAAUAAUGUAGAUCUCGUCACCAACCUCGUCAUGGCUACACUACGUAAUAAUUUACCAGAGACCAUGCCGGAUAACUUCGCAGAAGUAUACAAACCGAUAUCAAAUGCAGGAACCGUUAUGCAGAAGAGGAGCUUAGCUAAAAUGAUGAUGACGCUUAUCAAAGAAGAUAUUACUCCCGCUCAAACUAGCGCAAAAUCGGCUGGUAUACCUCUACUGAAAGAUGAUGAUGAGAAAAUAACACUCAAAAACGCCGUAGCCAAACUCCAGGAGUCGUCUAAAGCCGAGCGACAAGUGGAGAAUGCGAUAUCCAAACUAAUGGAAGAGACUAGACAAGCGCACUUGAAGGAGGACGAAAAGAAAUCAAAGGAAAAAGAGAAGCCUCCACCGACUCCUACCAUUCCUAAACUGAAGCAGAAGGUUAAACUGCUGAAGUUGCAAGAAAUAACGAGACCGAUACCAAAGGAGAUAAAAGAGAAGUUAAUGUUGCAAUCUAUAAACAGGAUUCUAAAAGCAGAAAAAGAUGCAGCCAUUGGCGGCGCUGCGCAAAUUCGUUCGAAGCUAAUAUCGAUGUUCGCUUCGAGCUACACUCCGGAAAUAAGAGAAUUGGUACUUAAUUAUAUUCUAGAAGAUCCUCUCAAUAGAAUCGAUCUAGCAUUAUCUUGGUUGUACGAGGAGUAUGCUAUAAUGCAAGGAUUCAAUCGCUUGCCUGUCACUUUGCAUCCGAAAGCCAACGAGAAACACUCUCAGAAUUACAACCAACUAUUCUGUGCAUUGAUUACUCAAAUUUGUGAGAGUGGAGACCCUGUUAUGGAGGCUAGCAAAGAUAUUCUGAUACGUAGAGUGUAUACUGAGGCGCCUGUAGUUACCGAGGAAGCCGUUGAGUAUUUGAAACAUUUGAUCAAUGAAGACAAGUCUCCAGUUGUUGCGUUGGAGUUGCUUGAAGAAUUGUGUAUAAUGAGGCCGCCGCGUGCGCAUAAAUACGUAUCGUCUUUGGCUUGUAAUGUUUUACAUGAAAACGAGGAAAUCCGUGAUUUAGCUAUAACACUAACGGUCAAAAUAUACAAGUGUAGCAUGGAUACCGUUAAGAAGGUUAUAGAGAAGCAUGCGCUGGUCUACCUCGGGUUCAUAGCUCUGACCUCACCACCUUCUGAGGUCUGCACCAGACACUCCCGGCAGUGGACCAACGAUAUGUACAAGAUCUGCUUGAAUUUGGUCUUCGCUCUGUUGCCGGAAAACCCAGACCUCAUCUGCGAAGUGGGCCGCGUGUACGGUCUCGCGGGGGCGGAGGCGAAGCGCUGCGUGCUGCGGGUAGCCGAGGCCCCGCUGCGGGGCCUCCUGCCGCCCGGGGCCCCGCUGCUCCCGGCCAUAGAGACCCUGCUGGAUAUGUGCCCCCGCGGAUCGGAGACGCUUCUGACGCGCAUCAUACAUAUACUGACGGAGAAUGCGCCGGCGAGCCCGGAGUUGGUGGAGCGAGUCCGCGAGCUGUACUCCACAUCGGUGUCCGACGUCCGCUUCCUCAUACCGGUCAUCAACAAACUGUCUAAAAGAGAGAUAUUGGCUGCUCUGCCAAAACUAAUAAAACUCAACCCGCAAGUUGUGAAGGAGGUGUUCAACAAACUGCUCGGCUUACACAACCCACACAACGAGGACUUGCCACUUUCAGAUGCAAUUUUUUCCCCUGAAGAUCUACUAGUAGAGUUGCAUCUUAUAGACCCGAACAAGGCUGACCUGAAGUACAUAAUCAAGGCCACGGCCGUCUGCUUCGCCGAGAAGAGGAUAUACACACAGGACGUACUCUCGGCAGUGCUGCAGCGGCUGGCCUCCGAGCCGGAGAUCCCGGUGCUGAUGAUGCGGUCGGUGCUGCAGGCGCUCACCCUGCACCCCGCGUUGGCGCCGCUCGCGUUGAACGUGUUACAACUGUUGGUGGAUAAGGAGGUGUGGACAAACAAAGUGGCGUGGGAGGGCUGGGUGAAGGUGUGCGAGCGUCUCGGGGCGCGCGCCGCCGCCGCGCUGGCAAUGCUGCCGCCUCUCGCGCGGGACCUGCUGCCGACGCACCUCAGAGCGCAGGAAUAUCCACCAGUUCCACCGCCGGGCUCUACGCCGCACGAGCCGCUGCCGCCCGGCAUGGACUGACUGUACAUAGCUGCUUGUAAUUAAAUGUAUUAUUACAAUAAAUUAUAUUGAAUA